AUGCUCCUUCAGAGAGGUUUGCAAAGAAAUAUUUCGCACCGAACAUUCCCUAAUUUAUCAAAAUUACCAGUAACGUUCUCAAAGGAACCAUUGAAGGCUAAUAAGUUGUUAAAGUGCCAGUUUCAACUUUCGAAACAAGUGGGUUACAAUUUUCGUUCUUUUUCUACUUCUGUUCCAAGAGACAAUGCCGUGGUACCAUCCCCUGCCGAAACUACUCGGACCUCCAAUACUGUUGCCUAUUGGUUAAUCGGUACUUCAGGAUUGGUCUUUGGCAUCGUUGUCCUCGGUGGCUUGACAAGAUUAACUGAAUCAGGGUUGAGUAUCACAGAGUGGAAACCGGUGACUGGUACAUUACCUCCAAUGAACCAAAAGGAAUGGGAAGAAGAAUUUUCAAAAUAUAAGGAAUCACCCGAAUUCAAGCAAUUAAAUUCACAUAUCAAUCUUGAUGAAUUCAAAUUCAUUUUUUUUAUGGAAUGGGUCCAUAGGUUAUGGGGUCGUGCCAUAGGCGUAGUCUUUAUUGCGCCUGCUAUUUAUUUUGCUGUUCGUAAGAGAACUUCCUCCCAUGUCAAUAAAAGACUAUUGUAUUUAACUUCGAUCUUAGGUUUACAAGGUUUCAUUGGUUGGUGGAUGGUCAAGUCGGGUUUAGAUCAAGAACAACUAGAUGAAAGAAGAUCGAAACCAACUGUCUCUCAAUACAGAUUAACCACUCAUUUAGGUGCGGCUUUUUUCUUAUACAUGGGUAUGUUAUAUACCGGUCUCGACAUUUUAAAGGAGAAUAAGUGGGUAAAGAAUCCUGAUAGUGCCUUGAAACUUUUCAAAAGGCUUAAUAGUUCUUCUUUAAACUCAAUGAGGAAAUUUUCAAUCAUAAUGUUAGCUGCAAGUUUUAUCACUGCCAUGAGUGGUGGUAUGGUAGCAGGCCUAGAUGCUGGGUGGAUUUAUAAUACAUUCCCGAAGAUGGGUGAGACGUGGAUUCCAAGUAACCGUGAACUGUUCGAUGACAAUUUUGCUCGUAGAGAGGAUAAGAGUGAUUUAUGGUGGAGAAACUUAUUAGAAAACCCUACAACGGUACAAUUAAUCCAUAGAAUUUUUGCUAUUUCGACAUUUACUGGUGUGGUAGCAUUACAUAUGGUUGCAAUCAAAAAGAAGCAAAUUAUGCCCAGAAAUGCGCAGAUGAAUGUCCAUACGUUGAUGGGUGUAGUUACUUUGCAACUUUGUCUUGGUAUUUGUACCUUAUGGUAUUACGUUCCAGUGCAUUUGGCAUCUACCCAUCAAGCUGGUGCCUUGGCGUUAGUGACCAGUGCCUUGAUAUUAGUCAAUCAAUUGAGGAAACCCAGAGCUAAUAUUAAAAAUAUCAUAAACAAUGUUUCUAUCAAGCAAGCAGGAGUUAAUAAUCCUUCAAUCAGUAAGAAAAUUUUAACUGAAACUGCAAAGCUGGCUUCGAAAUAA